AGCAGGAGAGGCAUGACAGAGUUGUGGGGCACAGAGAGGUAUGGAGAGGGAGAUUCUGAGACCAGGUGACAGACCCAGAGAGAAGGCUGAGGAGCAGAGUGAGGGGUGUUGAGAGUCUGGGGGAGAGUGGAAAGUGAAAGGAGCAGAAAAGGAGGCAGAAGACAGGAAGUCUUGCUGGUCACAGAGCCACUCAGCCAUGCUGGUAGCAACGCAACAUUGGCUACAAGGUCUCACACCCACCCCUGGGCUGCCCUUGGCCCUGAUGCUUCUGGCCCUGGGGACUGGAUGGGCCCAGGAGGGGGCAGAGCCUGUCCUCCUAGAGGGCGAGUGCCUGGUGGUCUGUGAGCCCGGCAGAGCUGCUGCAGGGGGCCCUGGAGGAGCUGCUCUGGGAGAAGCGCCCCCUGGAAGAGUGGCAUUUGCUGCAAUAAGAAGCCACCACCACGAGCCAGCAGGGGAGAUCAUCAAUGGCACCAGUGGGGCCAUCUACUUUGACCAGGUCUUGGUGAAUGAGGGCGGUGGCUUUGAUCGGGCCUCAGGCUCCUUCGUAGCCCCUGUCCGGGGUGUCUACAGCUUCCGGUUCCACGUGGUGAAGGUGUACAACCGCCAAACUGUCCAGGUGAGCCUGAUGCUGAACACAUGGCCUGUCAUCUCAGCCUUUGCCAACGACCCUGAUGUGACCCGGGAGGCAGCCACCAGCUCUGUACUACUGCCCCUGGACCCUGGGGACCGGGUAUCCCUGCGCCUACGUCGGGGGAACCUGCUGGGUGGCUGGAAAUAUUCAAGCUUCUCUGGCUUCCUCAUCUUCCCACUCUGAGGGCUCCAGGACAAGAAUCUAGCCCCUGACCUCGGUCCUCUUCCCUCUCCUGCCCCAGAAGAAGCAUCUUUGGGACAGGAGAGAGGCUCCCUCUGGCUGCCUGUAUUCCACCUCCUUGCAUGGGACCCUGUGCCAAACACCCAAGGUGAUGAGUAGAGCUAUGGUGUCUUGGGACCUCUUACAUACACACACACACACACACACACACACACACAUACGCCCUCAUAGCCUGCCACGGCAUCUCUUUGUGUCUACAGUCCUAGGAUCAGAGCAAGGUUUGGCAGAUAGAAAGGCCUGAGCUACUUUGCAGACUCUGCUCCCCUGGCCCCACCCCUCCCCCAGCUUCUUGCUCAGAGCUACUUGGGGGCAUGUGGCACAGGUGAGCCUAACAGGCCCCCACAGAGGCCCAGAUGGACCAGCCUCGGCAUACCCAGCAGGCUCCUUCCUGUGAGGAGUGCCAGCAUCACGGAGCUCUGCCAGCAUAGUCAGGAACUGAGCCAGCACCAUAUGGAGGCUCAGCCACCAACAGAAGUGUGGGGAGGGCCGCAGAGCAGCCCAAAGCCUAGGGCUGGUAGGGCAGGAAGAAACAUGUGCCUAGCCUGAACAAGGUACACAUUUUUUAUGUACACUGGGGCAGCCAGCAGGCAGUGAACCUGGGUGUUCAUCUGUACCAGUUCCCAAAUGGACUCUGGCCCUCACGUCCCCCCCGCCGAGACAUGGGUUGUGUAUGUGUUUGCUCUGGCUGACAGUGAGUGUGUACAGUGCUCCCUCGGGCAGCUGCAGAUGAGGGUAAAAGGUCAUGUGUGGGCAAGUGUAGAUCUCCAGGCAUGGCACAUAUCAAUGACCAUAGCCAACUCCCGAAACUCCACCUUUGUAGUCUGAACUUCAAUCACUUCACAUCCUGACCACCACGUCCUUCCUCCCAACUCUCUCAGUUAAUCUUCACUGUACCUGUUCCAGACUAUCCCAUAACCUCUCUUCUUUCUUCUGAUCUGUCCUAUGUUAUCCUCCUUCUUAAACUUCCUAUUACCUUGGAUUCCAUGAUCCAUCCCUUCACCCACUCUCCUGCCAGUUUUAUAAACUCUCUUACCUUGCUGUCCCAUUGGCCUAGCAUGGAUGACUCUAUCAAUAAAGUAACUAGAGAAUGA